AGAUCAACCGUCACACGGCUAAAGACACUGCCAGCCAUGUCCUGCCUCUGAAACAAAAAUACAAUUUUUAGCAUUUUAAACGCGCACAUCAAGACUAGAUCUGCUAUUUUUUUGCUGUAUAUAUUAAUGUUUUCCUUUUUUAUAUAUAUAGGCAAUUAAUAAUACGUGCUAAGUUGAAAUAAAAACAAAAAUCAACAAAUAAACGAGGAGGAGAGAGAGAAGAUGUCUUCCCCUGCGCAGGAGAGGAGCUCUGGUGUUCAGCUGCUGAGCGCGGUGCUGCUGCUGCUGCUCUCGCUCUCUGGUUGUUUGAGCAUGGAUGUGCUUGUGCACAACAACAUCGAUGCGCUGAACGGCUCAACGAUCAGAAUCUCCUGCACGUUCACGUCUUGCUACAAAAUGGAUGUUACCAAGUUUUCCAUGAACUGGACCUUCCAAGAAACACUCAACGACACAGAGGACAGGUUUAUGACUUUCGAUGUAAAAAAAGGAAUGGUACCUUUACGUCCUGAGCGGUUCGGAGAGAGGGUCACGUUCGUUGGAAACCUGGACAAAAACGAUCUGUCCAUCACCCUGUCAGAUGUUAAGGUGGACGAUGUGGGGAUUUACAAGUGCCAUGUGAAGAAUCCCCCCGACCGCAUCCAGGGCCGUGGUAUCAUACAGCUUAAUGUCGUCACCGAACUUCCCCCGCCAAGGGAUUCAACCAUUGCAGUCGCUAUAGGGGCAUCAGUGGGUGGAGCGUUAGCUCUACUGAUCCUUUCCAUGGUAGUAGUAAAAUGCCUUCGCCGACACCGGAAACAGGAACUGAUUUCGGAUGAGAAGAUGGAGGAGGAGGGGAAACUGGAUUGUGAGGGUGUUGCAGAGGAGGGAACCAAGCAACCAUAGCUGGAUCACCUGAUAGAACCAGCAGAAUGUGGAGCAAACACCCCCGGGGACCCGCACCCCGUUCCUGAAGAUCUAUCUAAGUAAACACUGUUGAAUCAUUGUCCACCAAUGCUUCCAUUCCUUGUGUGUGUGUGUGUGUGUGUGUGUGAAAGACAGAAAGAGAUGUGUGUGUAUGUUUUUCCUUGAAAAUAAUCCAGGGAAUGCUUUUCCUCAAACUAACCACUUAUCAUAUAUUACUUUAAAAUAUAGUUCCAGGUCAGCAUAAAUAGCAUUACAAGUGUAAUGACACUUAUAUGGUACAUAAUAAGACAGGCUAGGGCUGGACGGUAUGACCUAACAGUUACCCCAUAGUAUAUAUUGAGUAUAGAAUGGUCACAGCAUCACACCAUCUAGUUUUUGCUCUGGUUAUUUUGCUGGAUGUGGUUUUGGAGCUUUGGGACAAUAGCUAUUUAUUGCCAGGAGUCAAUUAUCAAUUACCCAUUAAUAAACCUAACAGUGAGCUUCAUUUGUGAUGGAAGUUAAAAGCCUUUCUCACUGCAGAGAAGAGAGUGUGUGUGUGUAGUGUGUUUGGAGGAAAUGUGUGCCAUUAGCUCCACUGUCUCGCAACAGCUGCAGUCCAACCGUUGUUUUCAGCAAAGCAUUUUAUUUUGUAUUUGCUUUACAUACUGUGAAUUCAUUGUCACAUCUCACAACUGUGAUUAUGGGUACCAUGUCCAUAAUGUGUGUGUUAUGUCCUGACACAGCUGAAU